AUGGAACAAUUGCGUUUAAAAUACCAACAAAGGCCAUGGACUGAAACUCUGAAACUUGUUUAUUUUUGCAUGGAUAACGCACUGCGAAAGCCUGUCAGUAAAGCUCCAGAUGGUCUGUUGCUUUCAUGCAUGGAGAAGAUAGAGAGGACACUAAAUGCUCAAUCCAUGUUUUCUGUGAUGAAUGUGUUGGAACGGUUAUCCAGACAAAAGGGACUUACUGUUCAUGUUAGCCCCAGUGGGACCACCUGCUACAUAACAUCAAUGAUGUUUUAUGUGGAAAUUCAGCUGGAGGAGGAUGGAGAUGUGAUGGAUGUAAAGCUGGCUCACUUUGAAGAAGCUCCUGUGGUUUGUGAUGAUUUGGUCCAGCUUCUAAGGAUGAAGAACUAUGAUGCCUUUGGCAAGAUUCUAGAAGACCUGUCAAAUAUGUAUCAAAUUCCAGGAAACAGCGAAAUGAAAGCUAAGGGAUAUCUUGCUUUGCAGGCCCUUGAAAAAGACCUUUAUUCAAUGUCACUUCUUGGCAGAACACAGGAUCUAAACAGAGUUACUGAAGUACUUAAUGGAAAAGUAGGACACCUGGUGCCAAGAACUGGAGGAACCCCAAUGAACAUUGAAUUUUACAUUUCUCCCUAUCAAGUUUUGGAAGCAGAACUAAAUAAUGGUUCCCAGGUAUGUGGAACAAAAACAGUUGUAACUGUUGAAGGCACAGAUACACUCUACAAACUGCCUCUUUCUCCAUUAAUUAUAGAUCCUCAAGCAGGAGACGACAGCAACCCUGCUUUUUUGCAACUGUCUGAUGAACUCAGCAUGGAUUUGCCAGCUCAUUUUGUUCUGAAGUUUCAUCAGCCUGUUCCAAUGUCUUCAUCCAGUAUUGAAGAGAUACAGAAGCUCACAGGAAUUCAGAUUUCUGGCUUGAAGCUAGCUCCACUGUAUGAGCUAAUUGUUCAGUCUACUCUUAAAGAAAAAUGCAGUGAAGACUUGUCUACAAAUAAAUCUUGUUUCUUUGUGUCUCUUCCAGAUCAUCCAAAGCACUGUUACUUCAUAAACAAGGGCUCAGAAAAAUCAGUUUUAGCAGGAGCCUUGGUCAGUAAAAUCCCAUUUAGCCAUCCAAAGUGUGUGCCUGGUGUGAUAGAGAUUCUUCGACAUCAAGUGGCAUAUAACACUCUUAUUAGCAGCUGUGUCUCUGAGAAGCAUAUAAAUGAAGAUGAUUCAGAACUGCUUUACUUUGAAGUGGUACCACACAAGAACACCAGCUUUUCUGUCUUUUUCCUUCAUCCUGUGAAAGAGAAUUUAGCCUGUGAGAAGUCCAAUGUCACCUUCAUUUAAAUCCUCAAGAUCCAACUCUAAAUUCUACUGAUGACUUUGUAGCAAGAGCUGUGAAACGGUAAGUACUUUUAUUUCCUAA